UUUUGUUUUUCAAUCGCCAUGUAUCUAGUAUUUUUAAAAUAAAACUAAUUUAAAUGGAAGUUUAAAUUUUCGAUAUUAAUAAUUUAAGAGAAUGCAUUUUACAUUUUACGCGUCGUAUGUGUCGAUAGAUUGUUAGUAAUUAUGAAAAAUUCAACCAUCGAUAAAUACGCUCUGUGAUAAUGGCGUCCGAUGAAAUUGUCAACAGAAAUAGUUGUGUACAUGAUCCCAAUUUUGCUAUUGUUUGUUCGUUUUUCGAGAAAUUCUCUUCGAUAUGCGGCGUAAAACAUCCGUCGUUUUCAGACCUACAGCAAAUGCUCGACUCGGAAGAGCAAAUUUCUCCGGAGUUGAUCGAUUUGCAUAUACGUUUAAUGAGAAAAGCUAAAAAGAAUGUUAAUCCAGAGAGAUGGCAACGUACAUUAGCCAAGUUUUGUUACCUCUAUCAUCCUCAAGAUAGCUGGGAAUUGGAGCAACAUGGUUAUGAGAAAUUGGAUUUUAAACAGCGAUUGAAAUUAUUACUGUGCAUCUGCGAAGCUCAGUUCGAUUACAAUAUCAAGUUUAAAACCGACGUUAAUAAAUUACCUAUUAACGACUUGAGAUUAGAACCAAUUGGUAAAGAUAAGGAUGGUAUUAAAUAUUGGAUUCAUACGGAUGAAAAGCUAGACCUUAAAGUUUACAAAGAGAAUCCCGAAGAAGAAACCUUCGAACUCGUUGCUUCUGACCGAGAAGGCUUGAUAAGUUUAAUCGAAAUACUGAGAUCAGAACGUGACCCGGGUCGUAAAUACGAAGAACCCAGCGAAGGAGAAGACGACUCGGACGAAGAAAUCGAAGAAGAAGAAGCCGAAGGUGAAGAAGAAAACGUCGACGAGGAGGAAGAAGAAGAAGAAGAGCAGCCCGAAAACGAUUCUUCUACCGUCAAAACCGAACCAAACGUUGAAAAAUCAACUACUCAAAACGCACCUUCUAUACAACUACCUGAAUCUCAAACGAAACUCGCCUCAACCGAUGCUCCUGUCGUAAAAGCUGCUGCCAUUAGUCAAUCUACUGUAAAACAAGAGCCAUCUGGAUCAGACGCUUCCGAAGCUGUGCCUAAACAACCUCGCGUUGACGUCAAAACCAAACGUUUCGAUAAAUCUCCCGAGGUGACCGUACGAAUGGCAGGGAGAAAACCCACUGAGCGGCCGCCGCCUCAGCAACUGAAACCCGGAGAAUUCGCUAAACACAUAGAGAAAUUAAAAUCCGAAAAGAUCCUUUUACCGUUACUGAAUUCGCUUCCUGAAUCGUCAUCGCCUUCAGGAGGUGCUAAUGAUUCGCUGAAAAAUAAAAUCAACAUGAAGUUCAAUAUGAUUAAACCGGUGCUCACCAACGAAGCAUUGAUGUCCAAAAUCGAAGAAGUUAAAAAUAACAAAGAGCUGUUUAAGAAAGUCGUAGUGAAAAAAGAAGACAAUUCCGUCAACAACUACAUCAUGCAAGUGAACAAAGGCAAAGAGUCGACGCCACGAGCCGGUAAACCUGGUUUAAAACUCGAGCAAAUCUUGAAAUCGAAAUUAGCUCAGAAAUUAGCCGCCAACGUACCACCUGCCGAAUCUGCAGCCGGUGCUGUCGACUCUUCGUCAUCUGCGCCCGAAACGUGUACUUCAAAUGAGCCCUCUGCUGUGCCUUCGACGAAAAGUGAACUCGAUGGAGAGACUGUCCAGCCUAAAGAUACCUCAACAUCAGUAUCGUCGCAAUCCGCCGAAGAUGCUGUCGUAGCUAAACGUAAACUCAGCGGAGAUAUCGAAAUCGAGAGUAAAAAGGCGAAACUCGAAGACACCGGUGCUCAACCAACCGACUAUAGUAAAAAUCCGACCCCGAGUGAAGACAACGACGGUGCUGAAAUCGAAGAACCUCUUAUGUUGGUCACCGGAGUAGGUUCAGGCGCCGAAUGCCAAUCCGGCGUCGUUAACGACUUGUCAUCCGCUGAAGAUGACGACGAAGACGAACGAGAAUUCUGUCUAUUCAUCACCGGAACUGGCUCUGGAGUCGAGUGUUUGACCGGAAACAACGAAACGACCGCCGAAGAACCUGCCGACAAAGAAAAACCUCCUACUGCGUUGACUCACAAGGUGGAAAACAUCUUAUCGAAAACCGAAACAGAAGGAGAUCAAUCUACUGCUCUUGUUAGCUCGAAUGAAGAAACUCCCAAAAAAUCCACCUCUUCUGCGUCAUCGGACGACUCGGCUGAAAAGAAGAAACCCAAGUUAUGGACAAUAGACGCCAUUUGUAACUCGGACUCGUCCAAAGAAGCGUCUAAAAAAGAAGACAUCUCGUGUUUUCCCAACUUCAGUUUCAAUAAAGAUAAAAAACCCGAGAUGAGCUAUCGUAACGAAUUCAGUUUUUUCAACAUGCCUCACUCCGAACCCAAAGAAAACGACGCCAUGCCUACGAAUUUCUACUUCGGAAGCGAUACUCAAAUGCCACCUUAUGUAGCACCCGACGUCAGAAAUACCAAUAACAUGAAAACGGCUAAAUCUCAUAACGUUAAAGAUUUCGUGCAAUUGGAUGGCGAAGAUGAGAAGCAAACGCAGGCUCAAGUUUACUCGACUUUUACCAAUUCGCAUUCCGAACAAGCGUUCAAUUUGUGUACGAGGCAGACUCCUUCUCCUUCUUCUGCUCCAUCUCUCAAUGCAGAAGCUAGCUCGGCCAAAGUGUCGGAAACCGUGUAUUCGAAUGUGACCAGUCUCAGCACGGCGAGUAACGACGAAACGAUACAAAAUCAAAACGAAUCAAAAAAUUGCUCCAAUGCCAUUAAUCCUAAAGAUGCCUACGUCGAUCCGGAUGAAACUGAUGUGAAAACCGAAGUAAAUUCGUCAACAGGAGUACCUGAAGAUGAAAUCUCAUCGGAACAAAUACCACCCUCUGUAACCAAAUCUACCAGCGACGAUCCCGAAUCCGCAACUUCUCUGGAAACCGACGAGAAAUUCAAACCAACCAGUGAAACUUCGGUAUCCGCAGAAGAACCUAAACCUGUAGAAAUACCUCCUGAAAAGAAUAUUCCCAUCGUAGACGAACCAAUCGUCGAAAAGGAAUUUUCUCAACAGUCUGUAAAUAUUUCAGAAGCAGCUCACGAUGAACCCCAACCAAAACCUAGUUCUUUGGAGAAUUCAUCCAGUGAUAAUUCCGUUCCUAAAAACGAUCUCGUCGAAUCUCAAAUUGAAACAUCACAACCUGAACCCAUCUGCGAAAAAGAAGCAGACCUACCGAAAGUCGAAGAAAACCCUACGCCAGUUGUAGAAAAACUAAUCGAAUCGACUCCUGCGAACGAAACUGUAUCAGAAAAACCUUCUGAAUCUGUUCAGGAGACUUUAUCGGUAUCUGAACCAAUCCAAGAAACCGUAUUGGAACCUGAACCUGUCCGAGAUAUCGUAACAGAACCCCAAUUGUCUCGAGAAACCGUAUUAGAACCUGAACCAACUCAAACGAUCGCUGCAAAACCUCCCCAAGUCGCCGAACAGGUCAAAGAACCAAAACCAGAUUCUGUGGAAACUGAUAAAGUCAUCUUGGAGAAUAAAGAACCGUCUGAUUUACCUUCAGAAUCAGUCGACUCCAAAGAACCUGAUUUGAAAUCAACUCCGCAAGAAUCAAACGAUCAACCUAAAGAUCCUGAACCUCUUUUGCCACCCGAGUCACCGGAAUCUGACGACGACUAUUGCCCCGCACCUUCGCCUCCUUCUCCCGAACCUGUAGCCGAAGACGAAACAUCACUCGAGCCGGUGGUUCCUCAACCAGAAGAACCAGACUCGGCUAAAUUAGCGGAUAAAGUAGAAACAAAGACUGAAGUGGAACCACAACCAGAAAAAGUGAUCCACGAAUCGCCUGCAGAAUCGGUCCCCGAAAACUCCACUCCGGACACUGAGGAAAUUCAGAAAGAGCCCGAGUCUGCGAUCAAACCCUCUUCUCCGGUCCCUCCGGCCGAAGAACCAGAGCCGGUUCUUGAAGAAACAUCACAGCCUCCUUCGCAAGAACUCGAAUCAACCAACGAACAAAUCACCGAACAAAAAACCACCCCUUCGAUCGAGGAAAAAUCAACCGAACACGAACCAGAACCAGAACCGGUCAAAGAAACGACUCCAGCCGCACCUGCGACUCCAACUACGGAAAAGAAAUCAAAAAAAUCGAAACUCUUAGCCGAAGAGACCACUACUCCUUCUCCGACUCUACGUGCGUCGUCUCGAAUUAGCACUCGAUCUACUCGUAAAGAUUCCGUGCCCAAAAAAGACGAAGAACAAGAAGAAGACGUUAAAAAAUCAGCUAAAACGACUCCAUCGAAGGCCAAGCAGACUGAACCGAAAACUGGUAAAAAAGGCAAAGCUGCUAAAGCAGCUGAAGAAGCUGAAAAACAAAGCAAAGCAGCUAAACAAAGUGUCGAAGAAGAUGAAAAACAAAGCAAAGCUGAUAAAUCAGCUAAAGAAGAUAUCGAAGAGGAUGAGAAACCCGAAAGUCCGGUGGUACCCGUCACUACACCUGCUAGUUCGAAGUACGUCAAGAAAGCUGGUAGAGGUCGGAAGAAGUGGGGCAGAGGAGCUAAAACCAUUGUUUCCAAACCCACGCCAACCAAAGCACCUAGCACAGAAGAAAGUUCCGAUGAAAACGACGCUUCCAACGGUGAAGAAAAAUCAACCAAAACACGUGUCCCCGAACCGAAAUCAAAAACCCCAUCUAAAGUGACCUCGAAAAAAGAAAAAGAAACUAAGAAAGGUGAAAUCGAAGCUGAAGACGAUACUACUCAAGAAGCAGAAAAAGAAGACGAGAAGAAAUCUGAAAAAACACCGAAGACGACUCCGAGUAAAAAGAAAUAUGCCAAAAGAGGCUGGUUUACCGAAUCGGAUGUCAGUACUUUGGAAACGAGCGAAUCUGCGACACCUAUUCGUCAAUCUAGACGAAUUGCUCAGCUCAAGAUCAAAGAACAAGCCGAAAGCAAAUACGUCGAUCAGAUUACACCAACGAAGAAAGCUGCCAAAACAGAGACGAAAUCGAAGCAGCCGGUGUCUUUGAAGAAAAAUAAUAAAGCGUUGACCAAGAAAUCAACUAAAGGGAAGGCUGCGAAAGAGGAUUCGGAUGGAGAUGAUUCGAGUUACGAAAGAUCGACCCCCUCGAAGAAAAAACGCAAGAAGAAAGAUCCGAAGAAGAAAGUCAAAGGCGGAAAUGUAUGGAAAGCUGGAUCUGAUUCUAGCUCCGAAGAAGAAGCCGAAGAAGACGAUCAUUUCUACGACGAAGAAGAUGACGAAGAAAUCGCCCUGAACGACGCUUCGGAUCACGAAUUUUCACCAGAAUCUGACUUGGAAGAUGAAGAUUUCCAGCCCGUGAAACGUGCUCGAACUGCUCACUCCAAACCGAAAACCGAAGAAGACAUAAGUGAUCGAGACGAUCUCAGUUGUCAAAAAUGUAACACCACCGAACAACCCGAAUGGAUUUUAUUGUGCGAUAAAUGCGACGAAGGAUGGCACGCUUCGUGUCUUCGACCCGCUCUGAUGGCGAUUCCCGAAGGCGACUGGUUUUGUCCACCUUGCCAACACAACAUGUUGAUAAACAGUCUGCAUAAAUUCUUGAAAACCUACGACAAAAAGGUGAAAAAGCGAGAUAACGAAGAACUACGCAGGCAACGACUACAAUACGUUGGCAUCAGCGCUACCAAUAUUAUCGCAGAUUUUAGUAAAACAGCGCCGACACCGGACGAAGAAUCGAUCGCGGUUGAAGGCAAAAAAUCGCGAAGAGGCCGAGACGAAUCCGAUGAACGAUCCAGCGACGACGAUGAAGAAGAAUCCGAACCCGAUGAACCUCUUUAUACGUUACGUGUCAGACGUCAAGCUAAUGUCAGUUAUACGCUGAAGGAGUACGACGAAAUAAUGAAUUCGGCUAUUCAGACUGAAGCUGCGGAAGAGGAAAUCAUCGAAAACGCCGAACCGGUGCCCGCUUCCGAAGAAACCAAACCCGACGAAGAAGCUACUGUUAAUAAACCAGAAGUUGAAGAAUCAGAAAAUCCUGAAGAGAAAGACGAAGAAGAAUCAUCCGAAGAAGAAGAGGACACAAAAGAAGAAAAAGUCGAACCGGUUGUGAAUCCACUUUUCCGCAAUAUUCGCAAGAAAUCUGCUCGUUUAACCAAAUUGGACGUUAGCAGUGACGACGAUCAUUAUUCCGAUGAAGAUUUCAAAGGAUCCAGCGCCGAUGAUUACGAUGAAGACGAAUACGCUAAAAGUGAAACGGACUCGGACGAGCAGCGUUAUCGUAAAUCGAUCCGAGAACCGGUACGAAGGUCGACCAGAGCUAGAGUUACCAGAUACGAUAAUGAUUUCAUUAACGACGACGACAGCGAUGAAGACGAUUUCGAACCCAAAAAGAAGAAGAAAAAGUCUCGAAAUUCCGAUUCCGAUAGCGAACAAGAAGACUCAACGUGGGGUAAAAGGAAAAAGACGAAGUAUAGCCGUGUUCAUAGAUCUUCGAAAAAGAAACGCAGAAGAGUCGUUUUCGAUGGCGAUUCGGAAGAAGAGAAAGAACGACGGAAAGAGAAAAAAGCAAAGAGAAGCAGGAUUACCUAUGGUUUGGAAGUCGAAGAAGAUGAUUAUCCGCAACGUAGAACCAGAGGCAAGAAAAUUAAUUAUUUGGAAAAUCUCGGAUCCGAUUCUGAAGAGGACGAUCAAAAAUCGGCUUCAAAAUCACGUAAAGUCUUGAGCGACGACGACGACUACGUCAACGAAGAAGAAGACGACGAUCAAAAACCAACCGCCGUCGCAUCGAACAAAGGCGCCGGCGACGCUCCAGAUUCCGGCGACUUACCCAGUAAAGACACAGCUUCCAGCUCGGUAGUAGAAAAUGGCACCAAGACCGACGUCGACGAAUGCGGCGAAACCGCCAAGAAAUCCGAUCCGGCCAACUCGAAAGAGUCAAUUGCCACCAAUAAUACCCCAGUCAUUAAAACAUACAGCAAAACUACCAGCGGUGCUAAUCAGAAAUCAAAACUGGAACCUUUACCUCCCUCAGAUGUGAACGAUCUGGCUGCUGCGAACAAGCUGGUGCCACCACCCGUUAGCUUAGCUCAGCUGCCUCCGAUGGUCGCUCCUCAGCAAGCCGAACCUAUCGCUGUGUAUAGCGGAAUGAUCGAAGGAGGAGACGGUAAUAAAAUGGUGCUGAAGAAAAUAGAUUCCACUAAUCCGAGUCUGGAAGGAAUGCAGUCGAUGGCGCAGAGCAUUCCGCAAAUGAUGUCUUCGCAGAGUAAUUACCCGAUGGCGCGUAAAAUGAUGCCAAUUCCGGCGGAUCCGACUCAAUACCCGGGUCCGAAUCCGUAUUCGGAUGUUGGUAUCGUUUACGAAGACGGCCCACCCGAUGGUCUUGGCGGUCCUGGUCCUCAUCCGGUUACAGAUGGGCCUCGUCCUCCUCCUAAUCAUCCUUUAAUGGGGCAACUCCCGCCUCCAGGAGGUCCACCUCAGAUGGGCGCCAGACCUCCGCAUAUGCCACCGGGGGCUGGUCCUCCGCAUAUGCCACCAGGAGCUGGACCCCCGCAUAUGCCACCAGGGGCCGGACCCCCGCCUUAUAUGGGUCCUAGGAUGAUGCCUCCGAUGCCGCCUCAUAAUCCGGCCGCAGCAGCUGCAAUGAUGCAUCGUGGACCGAUGCCACCGAUGCCUAUGCCUCCGCAAAUGCAUAUGCGAGGUCCUCCUCCGCCCGGCCCUAUGCACGGAAUGCCACCUAUGCCGCCGUCGCUGCCGCCUCAGCAGCAGCCACAGCAACAGCAACAACCACCACCUAUGAACCAGUCGUCGCCCAGUCCUACUCAACCAAUGGAAUCGAACAACGAACCUCCGGCCAAGAAACGCGGAGCUCGGGGUAAGGGUAAAAAGCAACUCGCCGCAGCUGCUGCCGCGGCCGCUGCAGCCGCCGCAGCUGCGUCUGGUCAAGAGCCGCCGAAUCCAACCAGCGAUGAGAUGAUACCGUUACAUAUGCUGAAGCCUUUACCCCCUGGUCAGGAUAUGAAUCCGGGGAGCGCAGCUGCGAUCAGGCCUGGUGCUCCGCCAGGGAUCGGUACAAGUGCUCCGGUCUCGACGGUCACCACAACCGCGUAUAAUAAUUCUCCUUCGCCCGGCUUUGCCAACUAUCCACCUCCGGGAGCUGCCGGAGCGCCCAGAUUACCUUAUUCGAGCGCUCCGCCAACCGGUCCCGGGUCAGUGACGCUGUCAGUUGGCAAUAAUUCGUCGAAACGAGUGAAAAUAACGCCUACCAGGAUGCGUAUGCCGGGCAGCAGCCCUCAGAACGUGAUGCGGUUUCCAACCAGGCCUGGUCAGUCGCCGCAGAUGAUGCAUCGUAUGCCUCUGGAUCCGUCGCCUUCGGGCGGUGGUCUCAUCGUGAACAGCUCAGCUACCAGUACGGAGAACAGUCCUGCAGGACCACCUGGUACCCCUCCGAACCCUUCGGCAUCCGAAAUGGAUCCCAAGAAGAGGCCACCUACUCAACAGCCGUCUGCCGGAUCCGAACAGCAGCCUCAGCAGUAUUAUCAACCUCCUGGAUACCCUCCUAUGUCUGCAGCCAAUCAAAUGCCGCCGAGAGGUUUCAAUCAGCGACCUGAUUUCGCCGGAUUCGCAGCUGCGCCGCAGAAACCGAUGCAUACCCAACAGUCCGGUGGUCCUCCGAUGUACCUGGCGCAUCCAGGAAACAUGAUGGCGACCACUGGUGCCCCUCCAACGGGCAUCAGCAGAUCACCAUCCACCACUACGGUUAUAUCAGGGCCAAUGCCGACUCCUGCAGCGACAACAACGACCACAUCGGCACCAGGUGGUCUGACGCCAUCGCCGGGUAAACCAGACCCGGCAACGAUUCCGGUCAGCUCAUCGGCAGUUCCUCCCUAUUCGGCGGCUCCUCCUUACGUUCCCGCGACCGCCGUCGGAACCAUCUCAUCGCCGACUUCCAAAGCAGCCCAUACGACGGUCACGUCGGCCGUAUCGACCGCAGCUGGAACCGUCUCCUCGACUCCGCCCGUAUCCGGAUACCAAGCUCUACACAUGAAACAGUUACCGCAAUCAGCGCCUCCUUACAACGCCGCACCUCCCUACUACGCGGUCGCCCCAAUGGUUCCUAAUUCAUACCCACCGCCUCCCAGACCUCCCAUUACGUCCGCCUAUGGUCCUCCGCCGCCCGCAUCCAUGGCAUACUCGCCCAACAACCGACCUCCACCCUUCGUCAAGUCACCGUCUCAACAAACGCCAGCUCCUCCGUACGGUGCUCCGACUCCGAAUGGUCCUCCGGGUCCGGAUCCAGCCUCAGCUCCUCCGGCCGAAUAUCAGCCCACUUCGCAGCAGCCUCCAGAUGGAGGAUUCCAGUACCAAGAACCGGUCAGCAGCGCUGCCGGAGGCGACGAAGCUCAGUUCCAAACUGGCCAAUACGAGGAAGACGGUGCUCCGGCUCAGGCUGAAGAACAACCUUGCAGCGAAUUCGGCGGAUUGGUUUCGUAUUUCUCCAGUCAACGAGAAGAUGACCUGGAUGCGUGAAUUUGUUGAUUUCUUUUUUUUAUUUUGUAUUUUCAUUUUUUUUUUGUUUCGUUUCGUUUCGUUUCGUUUCCCCCUUUCGUUGCGUUUUUCUUUUAUAAAUUCUCUUUUAUUCUUCAUAUUUUAUUACCUACCUUUUUUUGCCCAUUUUCUUUUUGUAAGCUCUGUAUUUAUGAAUUUUACGGUUUUUUUUUCUAUUUUUCAUUCUUGGAAAAUGUGAUGUGUUUUUGCAUCGAUGAUAAUGAAUAUGGUAUAGUGAUUUUUAUCAUCGUCUGUGUACUCUCCCCUUUGCCAUCCCCCUUUAUCAGUGGUUUUUUUGAGUAAAACUGGUAAUAUUAUUUAUUCUCGGUAAGAUGACGACGAUCAAUGCUUCCCCUCGUCUAUUCUUUUUUUGGUUUGUGGCAUCGUAUAUUUUGUUCGUUCGCAUCUUCAAAUAAUUUAAUAUCGAUUGGCUUACCACCCCCCCCCCCCUCUCCUCAAUUUCCCUUAUUUACCGGUAAACCGGUCUAUUAUUUAUUUAUGUGACUAAAAUGAUUAUCAUCAACGACGUUAUUGUACCUAUCAUUUUAAAUAAUUUUUUUAUCUAUUUUUACUUAGUUAAAUACCAAAGUAUCGUGUAAGUUUUCUGUUUUACAUUUUACAUUUGUAUUAUUAUUAUUUUUUUUCUAUCAAUGUCGUCGUUGUUUCUAGGGAAUUGUUUUGUAAUUGGAAAUCAUCUAGUUGAGCAUUUUUUUAAAAAAAAUAUUUACAAGUAAAAGUGAUUAUUUUGUGAAAAAGAAAGGGUAGUAAAAAAAAAAAACAAAAACCGUGUGAAAAUACGUAGAGAAAUUUUUAAAUCUCUCGUUGCCAGCGAAUUUAAUCAAAAAAAUGUAUUCCGUCGUCGACAAAUAUAACGAAAUUAUUAUUGGUCGACUGUCGAUCGAGUAGUUAGAUUUGACGAUAUACUAUUUGUACAUAUUUUGUAACGUGAUUUUUUUUUAAGGCGAAAAAAAUAAAUAAUGAAAAUAACUAUAUAACGGUAAAGCGAUGGAAAAAAUUUGCAAUAUCGUCGUAAAAAGAAAAAAAAUACGACGUUGGAUCGGAUUUGUACUGUUUUGUUUAUCAAAGUCGAGUAGGUGAGCAUGAGCGACUGCCGCAGCUAUACACUGAUGUUUUAUUUUCGCGUAUUUUUACCUUGACCCUGAUUCGCGGUCGUUGUUUACCUUUUUUUUUUUUCGUUCUGUCUUUCUUUCUUUUGUCUAUUUUUCGUUUUCUCUUCGGAAGAACUAAUCGAAUUUUUUUAGAUUGAUAUUUUAUUUGUAAAUGAUGUAGAUUAUAUUUUUUCCGUAGUUCGGAAUGUACGUUUUUUUUUCUGCCGCGAAACUGUUGCCGAACAGUAUUUUUUUUGUAUAGAUUGUGUGUACAUUGUCGGUUUUUCUUUUCUGAAUUUUUAUUUAUUGUACGUAAUUUUUUUUUGCGCGUGCGAGAUUUUGUUUCGUAUUUUAUAAUCGUAUAUGAAUGAAUGUACGAGAAAUUUGUAUGUAUUGUAAUUUUUUCCCCCUUUUUUUUGUUUACGGAAUUUGUAGGUUUAUUGGCGCUUAUCACUGUUCGCUUAACUUACACUAUGGUUUUAAGUAUUUGUAUGAUGAUAAUAAAUUGUAAUUUUUAAAAGUAAAUUUGAUUGAGAGUUUAA